AAAAAAAAAAAACGAGCCACAAAACUUUUCCCCCAUACAACUCUACAGCAAAAAGCAUCAGUCUCAAUCAAAACAAACCCAAUUCGCGAUGCCUCAGCACCAUUCUACGCCUAAAAAAGCAUUAAUUACCUAGAAUCUUGACUGCCCAUUCAACUGCAUAGAAAAGCAGUUAAAUUUUAUUUUUUUGUUGUUGAUGAUCAGCUUUUUGAAGUGUGCCCCUAUUUUGGGUGGGUGGCUCGUUUUUUGUUUUCGGUUGGUGCCCCCCUCAAGUCUAGGUUCCUAUCGUCCGGAAUGAUGGACGCGGUGGCUGCUGCCGCUCCAAAAGCGCCCAGAUCAGCUUCAGGGGCCUCACAGGGAGGGCCGUCGAUGCGGGAUGUCGUCAGUCUUGACAGAACAGGAAAAGCAGACACCCUGGCCGACUUGGCCUUGCCAGGACUAGUAGGCACGCUGUUGAAUGCGACCAAGGGCCUGGGCGGCGGAUUGGGCUGAUGUGGCGCCUAUUCCGACGACCUUGAAGCAACUCUACGUGGUCCCCCGAUCGUCGCCUGGGGCGGGAUUGUCCUGGGCGACAGCGGCUGUGUCGCCGAACGGUCUCGACCUCGGCUCAGGACCCGAGGCUGCGAGCGGGAGCGCUCGAGAUUGGGUAGUUCCCUUGCCAGCCCGCCCAGACGACGAGCGGCGUGUCGGUGCCCGGUGAUGGGACCGCGCUGCCCAGUAGCCCCCCAUCUCGAUCGGAACAUUCCUCCUGGCUGGCCCCGGGGACGUACGUGGACGGUACCAGAUACCAGGUAGGUAGGUACCCUUCGUGCUUUCGAGCAGCACUCCAAAAAGGGCUCUGCGAGCCCGCCCAAAAAAAGCCAAUCGACGACUGCCGCGUUCGAGAACGCGGAUGGCGGCAGCACCUGCAAAGGGGCCUCAGCCUGUGUGCUAGACCGGGCGCCACCUCUCUCUCUCUCUCUCUCUCUCUAAAAAAAAAAAAAACGCCAUUUUGUUUUUGCCAGCUUUUGCACAAUGCGUGCAUGGGCGGGCACCCUAUCAUGUGUGGUCGCCCCCUCCCAUCGGCCUCGUUCGCGCCUUGCGUGGCCUUCACGAUUGGCAUCCUUCUUCUGUGGGGCGCCUGCCCGUUGGCCGCCUUCGCCGCAAGCCUGCGCCCGAGAGGGUGUCGUCGCGUCACCGCCGGCUUCGCUGCGUCGUCGCGACACUGGUGGCCCGAUCUGGUGAUGGGGUCUUCAUUGGGUAUAUGUGUAUCAACGCCACCUCCGCCCGGCUUCCCAGAGCUCUCGCUCGCUUUUUUUGUCUGGCACAAAAUGUUCUUCCCUUGAAAUGCCGAUGCCUGCCCGACUGUGGUGCCGCCGUGAAAGUCGGCAAGGCUCGAUAUAAUGUCGUGGAGCCUGCCUUUUCCUCCCACCCUUUUCUGCCCACUCGAUCAAACAAAGUCUAGGACUUCACCAACAUCCAUUUGACGAUAGACCCAAUCCUGCAUUUCCCCGUCUCAGUCCUAUCGCCAGCCAUGCCUGCACAGCCAUUUGACUUGGACGCUGCCGAGCAAGGCAUGGCCAGGAGCUCCACCUCGAGCACAGCCGUACACUCGGACCUGGAAGACUUCGGCAUCAAGGAGCUCACCAUUCCCGCCAUGCAAGCCGUGUAUCUGGAUAUUCGCUGCUUCCCUGUCUUUCCCGAGGCUGCCUGUGACUCCAUCCACGGUUUGGCUAGCGGUGUGUACUCUCUUAUCAAGCAGAAAAAUGAUCUCAUGAAGCUUGGCGUCGGCGAAAAGUGCCUUAGUUCCGUGCAGCAGCAAACGACCGAGGCCCUGGAGAAGUACUACUCCUUCUUAGCCCUAGCCAACAAGGUGCUAGGGUUUGAGACUCCUAGCUCCGCAUCCCUCAAGGAGCUAGGGGCCUUCUACAGGCAGCAACACCUAGCUGUCCCUGAAGCAAUCCGGAACGACUUACAGGGCGAGUACAGGCUCAUCAAUCCCAAGCGGGAAAAACACGAGAAGGAGCUUAUCAAGUGCUGGCAUAAUAUGGACUGGGAAAAGUGGUUUGCCUGGGCCAGGAUGGGCAACAUACAAGGCGAUGGCUGGCUGUCCGGCUCGACCACCUUUUCGGACCGCAAGGUCAUGGUGCUCGCGGGCGCUCUGAGGUCCAUCGUGGUCUGCCUGGCCGUGGUAGUACCCAUGGCCGUGGUCCCGCUCGGGGAUCUCAGCACUGGCGUCGCGCUCAUGGUCUGCCUCCUGCUGCUGCUGAUAUUCGGGGGCGUGCAAAUGUGGCUGUUUGCAAACCACGAAAUGUCGUUCCUGGUCUAUGCUGGUUUCCUUGCUACCAUACUUCAGGUAAAAACCGGAGGCUGAGGGCUUGUCCUUGUUCCGGGUGUAUACAUGCCCAUGGCUGGAGCAAGAGGGCGAGCGCGACCGCCAUAUCCCUCUGGGCGUGUACUGGACUGGACGUAUGGAUGGAUAUGAUACCUGUCUCUGGUGUGGAUAUUACUAGCUAAUCUGCUAAUUUAAUUGCAAGAUAAAAAGGCGAA